UCUACAUCUCAUGAUAACAAUAAAUUAGAGAUAAUUGAAAACUAUGAAAUGAGAAAAUCUAUAUUAUUAUUAAAAAAGAAAAUAAGUCCUUGUGUAAUACUCAAAAAUGUUUCUGCAACCUGGAAUUCUAAUGCAAUAGAUUCAAUGGCAAACGUUACAAAAGUAUUAUUCGAUGUAAAUAUUGAUAUAAAAAGUAGAGCUUUGAUUGCAGUUAUUGGAUCAGUUGGUUCAGGAAAAUCAUCUUUACUAAAUACUAUAUUAGGAGAAUUGCAAAUUAUUAGUGGAAAUGCAUUUUGCUUUGGUAAAUUCAGUUAUGCUAGCCAGGAGUCUUGGAUUUUUGAAGGUACAGUUCGUGAUAAUAUUGUGUUUAAUGAAGUUCUUGAUAUUGGUCGGUAUAAUGAAGUUUUAAAAGUUUGUGCAUUGGAGGACGAUAUAAAAUUUUGGCCACAUGGUGACUUAACAAUGGUAGGGGAACAUGGUAUAAGUUUAAGUGGCGGACAAAAAGCUAGAAUUAAUUUAGCAAGAGCGAUUUAUAGAAAUGCAGACAUUUAUAUUUUUGACGACCCGUUAUCAGCUGUUGAUGCACAUGUUGCCAACUAUAUUUUUGAAGAGUGUUUUAAGAAAUAUUUAAAUAAUAAGAUUCGGAUUUUAGCAAUUAAUCAAACUCAAUUUCUAAAAGAGAUGGAAAAAAUUUUACUUAUUCACAAUGGUAGCAUAGAAUUUGAAGGAGACUUUGAAAACUUGCAAAAACAGGAGCCAUCCAAGUAUUUAAAAGACUUUAUUGGGGAGUCAAUUGAAAAAGACAGUGAUGACAUUAAAAAAAACACAAUUCUAUCUGCUGAGCAGAAAUUAGUGCAAAAUUUCGAGAACGAUAAAAUCGAAGUAUAUGAUGCUAGAAAUGAAAAACAGGAGAAGGGGUCUGUAAAAUUAAAAGUGUUCACUAGUUACUUUAAAGCCCUAGACAGUUGGAAAUGGUUACUAAUGGUUAUUUUAUUGUUUAUAGCUGGAAGAGGGGUUUUAAGUGGAGUUGAUUAUUUUAUUUCAAGAUGCACAAGUCGAAGUGUAAAACGUAUAGAAUCAGCAAGUAUUUAUAAAAAGAAACGUCGGAGUCCUAUUUAUUCGCAUGUAAAUAAAACGUUUCAAGGUUUAGUCACCAUACGUUCCAUACAAGCCCAACAAUUCAUGGAAGAUCAGUUUAACAUGUUUCAAAAUUCAAAUGCAUCCAGUUGGUUUUUGUUUCUGGCAACAACGAGAGCUUUUGUAAUAUGGUUAGAUUUUCUUUGCGUUUUUUACAUUGGAAUUGUAACAUAUAGUUUUCUCCUACUGCAAGAACAGUUUUUUAGCGGAGAUGUUGGAUUGGCGGUUUCACAAUCGAUUUCCUUAAUAACAAUGUGUCAGUGGGGUUUAAGACAGUCAGCCGAAUUGGAAAUUCAUAUGACUAGUGUUGAAAGAAUUCUCGAAUACUCAAAUGAAAUUUCCGAAGCACCGCUUGAAAGUACUCCUGAAAAUUGUCCUAAAGACAACUGGCCAUUUUAUGGAAAAAUAGUUUUCUCUGAUUUUAACAUGAAAUAUUCUAAUGAUGGUGAAUACAUUUUAAAAAAUUUGAAUUUUGAAAUACUGCCACGAGAAAAAAUCGGAAUUGUUGGGAGAACUGGUGCUGGAAAAUCAUCUAUUAUUCAAGCAAUAUUUCGACUAGCUUGUAAUGAAGGCGAAAUAAAAAUUGACGACAUUGAUAUUAGUCGAUUAGGUUUACAUGAUUUAAGAAGUAAAAUAUCAAUAAUUCCACAAGAUCCUGUACUGUUUUCUGGCACUUUAAGGUAUAACUUAGAUCCUUUUAAUAAAUCAAAUGAUGAUGAAUUAUGGAAAGCCUUGGAAGAUGUUGAAUUGAAAGAGUUUGUUUCUUCUAUGAUCGAUGGGUUAAACUUUAGAAUGUCAGAUGGUGGUUCUAAUUUUAGUAUGGGGCAGCGGCAAUUGGUUUGUUUGGCAAGGGCUAUUUUAAGGCAAAAUAAAAUUUUGAUUUUAGAUGAAGCAACAGCGAAUGUUGACCCAGGAACUGAUAAAUUAAUCCAAAAAACGAUUCAAACAAAAUUUGAACAAUACACAGUGUUAACCAUUGCACAUCGUUUGCAUACAGUUAUGGAUAGUGAUAGAAUAUUUGUUAUGGAUCAUGGUGAACUCAUCGAAUGCGGUAAUCCAUUUGAAUUAUUACAAAAAGCUGAUGGUCACUUUAAGCAAUUGGUAUAUGAAACUGGAUCAGAAAACUCAAAAAUAUUAUAUGAAAUUGCUGAAAAAAUGUAUAUAAAAUAG